AUGGCCACCAUCUGCGAGCCACCAUCCGACUACCCUGCUGAAAUCAUCGGCUAUGCGGAGCCAUGGAUCGUGAGUCCUGGUGACACAGUCGCUAUCAAGAUCUCAUCGACAGAACCUGAAUACAAAUAUCGUACCGUCCGGAUCAUCCAGAGUGUCGAUAUCGAGCACUCCCCGAGGAAACAGGAGGAGGUCAUCUCCGUCAUUCCGGCCGGGGAGGGUAAGGGUCGAUAUCAACUUGCACGACCUGGGUCCUACGCUCUUGUCGAGGACUGGGUGCCAGGCUCAGUAAGCAAUGUGAAAGGACUCGAAAUUUCUUUCUACAUGCAACCAUGGUUGCCCAAGUCUGGCCACACUCAGACCCUCGUCUCCGCGCUUGACGUGGAUCUCAAGACAGGGUUUGCUGCGGUGAUCACGGAAGCCGGAAAGCUGGAUUUCUGGAUUGGCACGGGCAAGGAUGUCGAGGUCAUCACCACCGACUUCGGCCCCGCGAAGAAGAGAUGGGUUGAAGUCAAAGUGGUCCUCGAGGGGAUUGCUUUCGCCGGUUCGAUUACGCCCGUUUCGCUUUUCGCGGAACCUCCUCUGCCUCCCAUCAAAGUCGAACGUCAACUUACCAAUCCAUUUGCCAUGCCCGCUUCUACUUCUCUCCUGUUCGGUGCAAGCUACGCGGAAUCUACAACUGCGCCGUUCCCACGUCCGACAAACUUUUUCAACGGCCGUUUGGACAGCCCGUCCAUCAAAACAACCAACACGCCAACAACUACCCUCGUCAAGUACGACUUCUCUCGGAAUAUGUCUAGCGACUUGAUAACCGACGUCUCAGGAAAUGGCCAUACCGGCAAACUCAUCAAUGCGCCUACUCGAGCAGUUAGAGGUUGGGAUUGGGACGGCACCGAAUCCGAUUGGACCAAAGCGAAAUACGGCUACGGAGCGAUCCACUUUCAUGAAGACGAUCUGGAUGACGCGCAAUGGGAGACCGACUUCAGCAUCACCAUCCCCGAAGAUGCACGGUCAGGUGCAUAUGCCGUCGAAGUCGACGCAACGAGCGGCAAAACCUCAGACAGCAUUCCUUUCUUCGUCCGACCCAGCAAGAAGGCCUGGAAACAGCGAGAAGGUAAAGUAGCCCUCGUCAUCUCUACAUUUACGUACCUCGCAUACGCGAAUGAACAUCUAUGGGAGAAGACGCGGCUGUCGGCCAUCGACGUCGGACCCAACUUUGACCCAACCAACAUCGCCCAAAGCGAACAUUUUGAGCGGCUCAAGCGACGCUCCGACCUCGGUCUAUCCAACUACGACGUGCACAACGACGAGUCCGGCGUCGUGUAUUCUUCUGCAAAGCGACCAAUUCUCAACAUCCGACCAAACUAUAUCAUGUGGGCAUUCAAACGGCCCCGGGAAUUCAGCGCUGAUACCAUGUUAAUUGGGCUGCUGGAGCGGGAGCAGGUGCCCUAUGAGAUCAUCACGGACCACGACCUGCACGAACGAGGCGUCGCAGCUAUCAGCGGCUUCAAUACAGUCAUCACGGGAGCCCACCCCGAAUAUCCCAGCGUUGAAUCGUACAAUGCCUAUACCGCAUAUGCGACACAGGGAGGAAAUCUAAUGUAUCUCGGCGGCAACGGCUUUUAUUGGGUCACUGCUACCGACAUGGCGAUGCGGCCGCAUCGACUCGAAGUCCGUCGCGGAGAUCAAGGGGUGCGCUCCUACGGUCUUCCCGGCGGCGAGCACGUGCUCAGUACCAACGGCCAGCUCGGCACGCUCUGGCGCACCCGUGGCCGUGCGUGUAAUGUGCUCUUUGGCAUUGGCUUUUCCGGCGAGGGCGCCGGGCCGGGCGUCCCCUAUAAACGCACAGACCUAAGCAAGACAGACAAGUCCGUCAGUUGGAUGUUCGAAGGUUUCGCCGACGGCGAGGACCUCAUCGGUGAAUUUGGCCUCGGCGGCGGCGCCAGCGGCGAUGAGAUGGACCGCUUCGACGAAGCCAUUGGGAGUCCCUCAUGCGUUAAGAUUCUAGCAUCCAGCACGGGUCAUCCAGACGAUUUCUGCAUUGUGCCCGAAGACCUCGUGUUCCCGCCCGUGCACACGCUGGGUACACAAACGGAUCUCAUCCGCUCGGAUCUCACGUAUUACGUCAAUAGUGGAGGAGGGGGGAUUUUUUCUGUCGGAAGUAUCAAUUGGAUGUGUUCGCUGGGCUGGGACGAUUAUCAGAAUAAUGUUGCCAAGUUGACUGCGAAUGUGAUUAAGGGGUUCUUGGGGGGAUUGAGAUGA